GCCGCGAAGACACCAAACCCCAAAACCACAGCCAAAGAAAAAAACAAAGAAAGAAAAAAUGGAGUCGACGCCACCACCAGCACCGGAGCCGAGGAAGCGCGGCCGGCCGAAGGGCUCCACCAAGGCGAAAUUGGAGAAGGAAAGAGAGGCUGGGGCUCCGUCCAGAAUGCGAGGCUCCGGCGGCGAGCGGAGGAACACCGCCGGCGAUGAGAGCUACGCUCGCUGGAAGCAGAUCGUCCCCGUGCUCUACGACUGGCUCGCCUCUCACAACCUUGUCUGGCCCUCUCUCUCCUGCCGUUGGGGUCCAGUUCUUGAAAGAGGGACAUACAAGAAUAAGCAGCGCCUUUACCUUUCUGAACAGACUGACCAUACCCAGCCAAACACUUUGAUUAUUGCAAAUUGUGAGGUUGUGAAGCCACGGGUAGCUGCAGAGAAUCACAUAGCUAAUUUCAAUGAAGAUGCCCGUUCACCAUAUGUGAAGAAGUACAAGACUAUCUUACACCCUGGAGAGGUGAAUAGGAUCAGGGAAUUGCCUCAGAAUAAGAAUAUUGUGGCGACCCAUACAGACUGUCCUGAAGUUCUUAUUUGGGAUGUUGAGGCACAACCUAAUCGGCAUGCUGUUCUUGGAGCUGCAGAUUCUCGCCCAGAUUUGGUUUUAACUGGACAUCAAGAUAAUGCAGAGUUUGCUCUUGCAAUGUGCCCAGCUGAACCGUUUGUCCUUUCUGGAGGAAAAGAUAAAUCUGUGGUGCUUUGGAGCAUUCAGGAUCAUGUUUCAACACUGGCAGCAGAUGCAACACAAUCUGCAGAGCCUGCAGGUUCUAUUGUUAAAGCUGCUGAUAACUCUACUGUUGGCCCACGUGGGAUUUUUUAUGGUCACAAUGAUACAGUUGAAGAUGUCCAGUUUUGCCCGUCGAGUUCACAGCAGUUCUGUAGCGUUGGAGAUGAUUCUUGUUUGAUUCUGUGGGAUGCUCGAAGUGGAACUAGUCCAGUUGUAAAGGUUGAAAAAGCACACAAUGCAGAUCUUCAUUGUGUAGAUUGGAAUCCUCAUGAUGAAAACUAUAUUUUGACUGGGUCUGCAGAUCAUACAGUGUGCAUGUUUGAUCGCCGCAGCUUAAACUCUGAUGGAAUUGGAUCGCCUGUCCAUAAAUUCCAAGGCCACAAUGCUGCUGUUCUCUGUGUCCAGUGGUCACCUGAUAAAAGCUCUAUCUUUGGGAGUUCAGCUGAAGAUGGUUUGUUGAACAUAUGGGAUUAUGAGAAGGUUGGCCUGAAGGAAGAAACAGGGUCCCGACCUAUGGGUGCCCCACCAGGGUUGUUUUUCCAACAUGCUGGACACAGGGACAAGGUUGUCGACUUCCACUGGAAUGCAUACGAUCCAUGGACUAUAGUCAGUGUAUCUGACGAUGGAGAAUUUUGUGGUGGCGGCGGUACCUUACAGCUGUGGCGCAUGACGGACCUUUUGUACAGGCCAAAGGACGAGGUUUUGGCCGAGCUUCAAAAGUUUAAAGAUCAUGUGAUUGAGUGCUCCAAGACAACCACCCCCAACCCAACCCCACCCCCACCCCCCACCUCCACUUGAUGAAAUCCUUAUCAAGUAACUCUCUCUCUCUCUCUCUCUCUCUCGUUCAUUUUAUUGCGGAACUCUUUAGACAAUACACCGUAGUGAAACUGAACUGCUCUCGUUUUUCUUAUUGUACUGUUGUUUGCUUAAAACCGACCAACCAAUCCACCCAUUAGACGAUACAGUUUAGCCAGCAUGAAUUCGACAUUGUUGUGUGCCUUGCUUUAGCGUUAACUUUUGUAGAAACAAACUCGUGUCGAUUCACUGUGGCGAGAAUUAAUGUUUAUUGCUUUGGAUUGACAUGUUUUGACC